AUGUCGUCUUAUCCUUAUCGUCUUUUUAACCUCCUGAGCUCUGCCUUCGCUCCGCAGGAGCCAUCCCAGGACCAGCAGACGCUGGUGGGUCAGGCCGAUGCCGGGGAAGAAUGGCCAAUGCUGCAGGAGCAGACAGGUCAAGACCCCGACCUGCGUGAGUACUUGCCUGGUGCUCGUGAGUACAUCGUCCACCCCCCCUCGCGCGUAGCAUACCCUGAAAACCAGCAACAGGAUCACCCACAGCCGGACGCAGGAUCACCCCAGCGCCGCUCCGGUCGAUAUCACUACGUGCGGGAUAACAUGGGUAGAUGGAUCUGCGCCUUUCCGGGCGCCGAUGGGCAACCCUGUAAAGCUGCUUACUACAGCCAUACUGGGUUGUGUAAGCACUAUCAGGUGAACCAUGAGCUGAAGAAGCCCUAUCCGUGUCAGUUCUGCGGGCGGAGUCUGUUGUUCUCUACUCGCGCGCAGUAUACCAAGCAUAUGAAGCGCGCUCAUUCGGCGUAG